CUUUCAUUGCUUUAUGCCAUUCUACUUGAGUGUUGAGUUCUCCUUGACAGAAGCAAUGAUUGAAGAAAAGUUUUUAACAACAAUGCAUUCUUUACAUCCUGAAAUGCAAUUCUAUUGAAAAUUGUUUUUAUUACUGCGUUAAAGUUACAAGUGGAUGCAAAAAUGGACAUUCAAAAGCUUUGUCGGUUGUGUUCGUCAGAGAAUUGUGAAUUGAAGUCAUUGUUUCAGGACAAUCUUGGACAAAGCCUGCUGAAAAUAAUCUACGAAGCUCUUCGCUACACGGUUCGCGAGAACGAUGGCCUUCCAUCUAGCAUCUGUGAACCGUGUACAGUCAGCUUGACCAAUCUGCAGGGUACCAUUCGUACUUUUAGAGAAAAUGAGAAAAUUCUUCGAAGGAAGAUCUUUGGGGAAUCGUCGUUCGACUACGGUGACGGCGACAUGGGCUCUACAAUGGAGGUGGAACGGAUUGAAGUAAAUGCAGAUUUGAUGCUCAAGGGAGAGCCUGAAGAGACGGAUGAUCUGUUUCCCAUCAACGAUGCAUUAGCACCAUCUAAUGAGCUGCAAAUGCCGGUGGACGUUAUAAUCAAGCACGAAUCCAGCGAUCAAGGAGACGGCGAAGUGGACACCCUAAAACCUGAUGGUUCUGAUUCCGACGACAGCAGAAGUUCAUCAUCAACGGAAACGGAAAGUAGCAAAACGACAAAGACAGUUGUUAAAGCGAGGGCGGCUCGAACUAAAAAACCUCGCGUUUCGCGUCGGCAGCGACGACGUGAUCCUGACCGACCGAAAGUAAACGACCACAAAUGUUACAUUUGCAAAAGCGAAUCGAUGGAGUCUGCGAAAGCGUUGUUAGAACAUUUGUCGAUUCACGUAGGCUUAACGCCGUAUACAUGUUCAGAGUGUGUUAUGGAAACAAUUGUUUUAAAGAACGUACGAUCCCUGAAUCUGCAUAAAAAAAUGCACGCGCAGCCUGUGAAAUGCGAAUAUUGUGAUCGACGUUACAGCGAUCCAAGAACGCGAGACGCUCAUGUGAAAUUGCAGCAUCUGGGAGAAAAUGCUCCACUUCCCUCGACUUGUGAAAAAUGUGGCAAGGUUUGCAAAUCGAUUGCUGCUCUUAAAAAUCAUCUUAGAAAUCAUACGUUGGACAUUAGAUGUGGUUACUGCGGGAAAUUGUUCCACAAACGAAGCGUACUAUUCAAACAUGUAACCCAGGUGCACGAGAAGUCGGAGAAGUAUGAGUGCAACUUAUGCCAGAAGGUAUUGCAUUCUCUGGAUAGCUAUAAUAUCCAUCUUACGUUGCAUAGCGCAGGUAAGUUAUUCAAUUGUGACUUAUGUCCAAUGACAUUCAGUACGUUGGGUAACUUACGUUGCCACAAAAAAGUUCAUGCGAAAAAUGCUAACUACAAACCGCACAAGGAUUGGACAAGUCAUUACACCGUAACGCAAGAUCCGGAACGAGGUAAAAUUUAUACGUGCAAUCUGUGUGGUAAUACGUAUUCUGGUUCAAUCAAUACGAUCAUCAGUCAUGUAAAGUGUCAUAUAAAGGACGUUCAGUGUGAACAAUGCGGUGCCAAGUUUUCCAAUAAAAACAAACUGAAAAGUCAUUACGUGGUUCACACCCGUGAACGAAACUAUAAAUGUCAAUACUGCGGGAAGGACUAUCUCUACCGGCAGCACAUGAACUACCACAUCAAGCAGGCGCACAAGCUACCCAUUGGGGCCGCUGCAUUAACAGGUUCCAGCAGUCGGAGUGCACCGCAAAAAGAUACAACUGAGUGAACGAACCGUCUACUGACAGGCUUUUUUGUUGGUCAUUCCGAAAUCUUAUUCAUCUGUCGACUGGUGGCAUUCAAAUCUGUCGACUGGUGUCAUCUUAUGCAUAGCAACAAAAACUUCCAUUAAAAUAGAUCAUCAUACUUUAAUACACUAAUGUAGAACUGAAUUUCACUGUUUCAAUGAUG